GCGUUGCGGGCUGGUUAAAGCGAUUACUGGGCACGCCAGCAGGCGUUCUUCUCUCUACAAGUCUCUUUUGGCUAACUUAUCAGACCCUUUUUGUUCUUUUUCCUUCUGUUUAUUGACUAUCUAGAAGACAGCAGAAUACGAAACUAACGCUUUCGUUGUCGUAUUUCCGAAAAUGGCGACUGCGUUCAAGAAGACGCCUGUGGUAAACCCAUUAACGUUUGGUGAGAAAAACACGCCUGAUGCACUUUAUUGGAAAAGUUUAGACAUUCCAAUAACAAAAAAGGAAUAUGGAGCCAUCACCAGCAUUGACUUCUCUUCAGUCUCACCUUACAGCUAUGCUGUCACCAACUCAACUAGAGUCCAGAUCUACAGCGCCAGGUCGAACCAGAUAAUUAGGAGCCUCAACCGUUUCAAAGAGGUGGCCCGCAGUGGGAGCUUCAGAGCCGAUGGGAAGUUGAUCGUGGCUGGCAGUGACGAGCCAGUGGUGCGUCUGUUUGAUCCCACCACCCGCUCUCAGCUGCGCGUCUUUAAGGGUCACACAGGUCCCGUGAACGUGACCAAAUUCUUGUCGGACAGUCUGCGCGUGAUGUCCGCGUCCGACGACAAGACGGCGCGGGUGUGGGACAUCGCCACAGAAGCGGAGCUGAUCAAGUACGAAGAGCACACGGAUUACAUUCGAUGUGGGGUGGCGUGCAGAUCAAGUGCAGACAUAUUUUUGACAGGUUCCUACGACCACAAAGCCAAACUGUUCGACACCCGCAGAGAAGCCAGUGUGUUGACAGUUGAGCAUGGCCACCCGGUGGAGAGUGUACUCAUGUUCCCCAGCGGCAACAUCUUUAUGACUGCAGGCGGCAACGUGAUCAAAGUGUGGGAUGCAAUGGCCGGGGGCAGACUACUCACAACGCUGAGCCAUCAUCACAAAACAAUCACCUCCCUUUGCUUCUGCAGCCAACACAAGCGCUUUAUGUCAGGAUCACUAGACAGGCAUAUCAAAAUCUAUGACGUCAGCAGUUAUCAGCCUGUCCACUCGCUGGACUACCCAGGUGCAAUCCUCAGCUUGGCCGUGGCGCCAGAUGACAGUGUUCUGGCAGUGGGAAUGGCGGACGGCCUGCUGUCGAUACAGAGCAGGAACAAGGCGGAGAGAGGCAAGACGCCGAAGAAGAAAGCUUCAUUCCACUACAGACUGAAAGGGAAAACCUUCGUGGCUAAAGAGGAAGACAUUGUGGUGAUCAACACAAGGAAAGAGAAGAUGGCACGCUAUGACAGACUUCUCAAGCGCUUUGAGCACUCAAAGGCCCUGGACGCCGCCAUGGAACUUCAUACUCGCUGCAAGCAUCCGGAAGUGACGCUGGGCGUGCUGCAGGAGCUUAUCCGGCGAGGAGUGUUGCGGGCCGUCCUGGCGGGCCGGGACCCGCGCCACCUACAAGGCGUCCUGCGCUUCAUCCAACAGAACCUGUGUAAGCCGAACUUUGCGCCAACGCUUCUAGAUGUACUGGGAACAUUCUUUAGUUUGUACGAGGAGAGUAUUGGUGGCAACGCCCUCAUGGAGUCGCUGACAACGAAGGUGAAGAGAACCAUGGAGGAGGAGAUUUCCUACCAGAAGAAACUCAUGCAGCUGCAGGGCCUGAUGCUAGUUGUGAUUUCUGGGGCAACUUCUGCAGCAAGAGACGUCACUCCAGAAGCCUCUCUAACACUUUGACAACAAUUCUGACAUUCCUAGGACUCUUGAUGCUCAGAGAAGGUGCUUUUACUGUUCUUGGUGAAUGCUGUGAUGUGGCCAAAUUAUCGCCCCUCGGUGUGUGUGUUUCGACAUUCUUAGCAAAACUUGGAAGCCAGUGCCGUUGAGGAACAAUAAAAGGACUGUACAUUUUAUUUUUUUA